AUGCACGUCUCACUCAGCCGCUCGCUGCAGCUGUUGACAUUUUUUACGGGUUUCAGCUCUGCGGCGACGAUAACAACGACGCCCACGACCUCCGUGGAGGUUGACCUUAUCUUCCCGCGCAAUGGCAGCACCUACAAGCCCGUCUGGCCUUUUCCCUUCGUCUUCGCCGUUCAAAACGCCUCAAAGCUCUGGCCAGAGUCUGACGAAAAGAACUUUUACAACUUUUGGGUGAAGUGGGAUCUCACGGGGUACACCGAUAUCAACGAUGCGGAUACGGGGCAGCUCUUCAGCUCGGGCGUCUGGCAAACCGAGGCCAAGAACAAAACCGCUGAUACAUAUACCAUCAUCGACGCUUCCCGGAGAGACCUGGUCAACGCGACGCAGCGGGAGUUCCGCCUACGAUACACGGCGACCAUGUUCAGCGCUUGUCCAAAGAACGUUACUGGCGAGGGCCCGUCGUCAAAAGUCUACGACGUCUCGUACAACGGCACCGCCUUCUUCACAACCGACCCCAACGGACAGAUUCCUUCUCUUGUCGACACGACUUCCUGCCCCGACUUUGUAGGCAGUUUCCAAAUCACAGGCAACAGUCACGACUAUGGCGAUAUCUGCCCCGUGGUAUCGGACAAGGAGCCCGCGUCUGAGGCCUGUAAAAUCAAGAUGGACGCGGCUCUGGAGACGCAGGUCAAGGCGGCGAUGCUCACUCGUGCAAAUUGCCAGAACGGGACCUGGCCCGACCCUGAGGGGAAGCUUUCAGCGUUAUCUUGCAAUGCGGUCAAGACCAGCGAUGCGAGUGCCAAGUUGCUCGGCGGCCUUGUCACCAAGUCCUCGGCGCUCGUGUUGAUCUUGGCCGCGUCUUGGGCAAUAGUCUGA